AUGGCAGAUUUAAGAGAUGUGCAUGGCAACCCCAUUCAACUCACAGAUGAGCAUGGCAAUCCUGUUCAAUUGACUGACGAACAUGGUAACCCCGUCCACGUCUCUGGUGUCGCGACCACCCACACUGAGCAGCAGCAGACUCAGAUGGGAUAUGAUAUUUCCGCUGCUUAUGAUGCUCAGCCUCAGCAGCAACUUUACUAUAAGCAGCCGUUCCCAGAGGCACAGCGGGUACAUUACGAGGUUUCCAACACUACCAGAGAAGAGAUUCUGCGUUCCAACACCUCCAGCUCGUCAGAGGAUGAUGUGAUGUGUGGUAGAAGGAAGAAGAAAGGGUUAAAGGAGAAAAUAAAGGAGAAGCUAACGGGUGGUAAACAUAAGGCGGCGGAGGCCGGGAAGGAAUCACAAACCGUGACCUACGUUGCCAAAACCAGCGUCACAACAACCACCAGCGACGCAAUGUCGCCCCCUGAGCACCACCACCACCAUGAUCAACACCAGAAGAAGAGUAUGACGGAGAAGAUAAAGGAAAAAUUGCCUGGUCAUCAUAGCCAUUGAGGAGC